AUGGCGGCAUCGUUUGCCUCUCUCCCUACAUUUAAUUUCGUCAAUUCCUCGACAAUUCCCAGAAAGAGAAUCGAUUCUUACUGCUCCAAGAAACCCCUCGAAGUUCGUUGUUGUUCCGGCGGCGUCUCCGGAAAUACGCAGAGAGGGACACUUUCAUCAUUGAAAGAAUGUGCGUUUUCAUUAGCUUUAUCGGUCGGUUUAGUAGCCGCGGCGGUACCUUCGAUGGCUUCCCCACCCAAUGCUUACGCAGCGGCGAAUCCAGCGGUUGCAGAAGUGUCAGUGUUGAUAUCGGGUCCUCCGAUAAAAGAUCCAGGAGCUUUACUAAGAUACGCAUUGCCCAUUGACAACAAAGCCAUCAGAGAAGUCCAGAAGCCUCUCGAGGAUAUCACUGAUAGCCUCAAGAUUGCAGGCGUCAAGGCUCUCGAUUCCGUUGAGCGGAAUGUGAGGCAGGCAAACAGAUCGCUGCAGCAAGGGAAAAGUGUGAUUGUGGCGGGUUUUGCAGAGUCGAAGAAGGAUGAUGGUAACGAGAUGAUUGAAAAGCUGGAAGCUGGGAUGCAAGAGAUGCUGCAGAUUGUGGAAGAUCGGAAAAGAGAUGCGGUUGCUCCCAAGCAGAAAGAGAUUCUCCAGUAUGUUGGCGGAAUAGAGGAGGACAUGGUCGAUGGCUUCCCCUACGAAGUGCCGGAGGAGUACCGGAGCAUGCCUCUUCUCAAGGGAAGAGCCACUGUGGACAUGAAGGUGAAGAUCAAGGACAACCCGAACCUCGAGCACUGUGUGUUCCGCAUUGUUCUCGAUGGCUAUAACGCCCCUGUUACCGCCGGCAACUUUGUGGACUUGGUGGAGCGUCAUUUCUACGAUGGCAUGGAGAUCCAGAGAUCUGAUGGGUUCGUGGUACAAACGGGAGAUCCAGAGGGUCCAGCGGAAGGGUUUAUCGAUCCAAGCACAGAGAAAAUGCGGACGGUUCCUCUGGAGAUUAUGGUGACCGGGAAGAAAACGCCUUUCUACGGCUCAACUCUUGAAGAACUGGGUCUUUACAAGGCUCAGGUUAUGCUUCCUUUCAACGCAUUUGGGACGAUGGCAAUGGCGAGAGAAGAGUUUGAGAAUGACUCGGGAUCAAGCCAAGUGUUUUGGCUGCUAAAAGAGAGUGAGCUCACGCCAAGCAAUUCCAACAUCUUGGACGGUCGCUACGCUGUCUUUGGUUACGUCACUCAAAAUGAAGAUUUUCUGGCUGAUCUUAAAGUCGGUGAUGUUAUUGAGUCCAUUCAAGUUGUCUCCGGUUUAGACAACCUUGCUAACCCGAGCUACAAGAUCGCCGGUUAA